UAUUUGGAGAUGAUGUCGACGAUAUAUUAGAGGAUGAUAUUCGAUCGUCCGCGGAGGAUGGAUUUGAUGAUGGUGACGGUGUGGUCGAAAGAGAUGCAGAUUGUUCACUGGGCCAUUUAAGAGUCACUAUCUCCUCUGCGGGUAUAAAAUACGAAGGAUACGGUACAACCUCAUAUACAGUUGGUGAUGCUGAUCUUACUAAUAUAAAGGUUGUUAUCCUACCUUCAAGAACAAUAUCAAAAUUUCAACCAAUAGACUCAAGCAUUAUUGCUGCCUUCAAACACCAUUACUAUAAUAUCGCAAACUGUUUCUGCUAUACUGGCCUGUUUGAUUAUGAGAUUUCUCCCACUAUACGUGAAGUUUAUUCAAAUAAUGAAGAUUCAUCUGUUAUUGCAGAUUUAGAAGAGUCACUGAGAUUAUUGUCAUCUUGCCACCUUAUAAGCCUUGCCCAUUAUACAAACCCAAAAGAAGAGAUGGAUAUGAUUAGUGCUGAUGAACUAAAUGAUAUUACCUCUUUCACAAAUCAAGCCAAACUCAACUCUCUUCAUAUUGUGAUCAGUCUUCUUGAUACAACUAUUACUGAUUACAAUAUCACACUCCAAAUAUUGCAUUCAUUAUAG